CCGGCUGUCCCACACACUCACCCCCACACAUUCAACCCAGCAUACACAUCCUACCAAGCAGCUCUGGGAGGGCCAGCCAGCGUCUAUACCGGCGGCCAAAUGGGAUGUCCUCUCUGAGAGGCUGCCCGCCGCCGCUGUCCCACGCGCACACACGUACCGGAAUCAUUCAUUAUAGAAGACACUAACAACUACUGCACAGCCAUUUCUUCUCUUUUCAAUAAGUAGCGGCGGCCGUAAGAAUGGCCCUCUCUUUCAGGCAGCCCGCCAGCAUUUUUCUCCUCAGUAACUCCUUCCUGUGCUCAUCGAUCUAACAGCUACCAGACAGAAUAUAUAUAUAUAUAUAUAUAUCUCUGCUCUUAGUAGAGGCCUCUGCGGGUGUCCUGGAUCACCUGCUCUGCCAUGAGGUCCAAUGUGACCCAUCGCUCCAUCGCCUUCAUGUCCGGCUUGAACCCCUGCGAACCCCACACACAGACAAUUGCCCAAAGUGAGAAGGGCUGAGAAACGGGGCUCGUUCCUGUUUGUUUGUGUACCACGAAGGCCUUGAGCUCUGCCGGCGGGGUCUUCGGGGUGCCGGGGGCGUCAGUGAAUGAGAGCUGCGCCUCGUAUAAGGGCCUCAUCUUCGAGCGGUAGUACGCAUCCUGACAGAACUCCUGGUCACUGAGGAAAGGAGAAAACCAUGGACAGAUAUGGCGCAUGCGCAUGCCUUGCUUACUUGUCGAGCGCCCACUGGAAGGUCUUGCCCUUGCGCGGACCGUCGGUGAAGACGGUGUCCUUGGCAUCAUCCUUGGCAGGAUCUGAUGGAGCCGAGGAACUGGACGCCGACCCUCCCUUCAUACAACAGCGGCUGCGGUCUACGUUCCUCCAAUACCGUGCAGUCGAGGCCUCUCUCCUCCAGGCAAGCUGCAGAUCUCGUAAUCAGCAAAUGGUGGUGGCCCUCCACCACUGCAAAGAUAAUGCAGUACGAACACAGAGGAAGAGUAUGAUGUGCACGACCAUCAACGGGCGGCCGCAAAUGAGAAAGAUCCCG